AUUGGAAAUCAUACAAAAAUCUUCCUCGUCACGAACUUUUGGGUUCUUCACAAAUCUAAGCAAGAUUACUUCUAACCCGUGGAGUUCAUCGUCUUUAAUGAAGCAGUGUCCCUCGGGGAAAUGGGUUUUGGUUACCGAACUAAAUUCUGUUGAGUCCUAAUUUAUUACGCCUGCAAGGUGGAUCCGCACGCAUUUUCUGCCCAUGGCCAUGAGCUCUAUGUUUUGACUACUUACCAAUAAAGUAGUAAAUACUACUCGCCUAAACAGUAUAACGUGGAUUUUUAAAGUCCUCAAGAACCAAUCUAGUAUUGAAGCACCGCUUCUUCUCAUCUUAGAUCGUAGAGAAAAUCAAAGUCGGAGUGAGUAUGGAGAUGAAUAAGCAGGCAAUGGUCUGUGUCCUGAGUCUACUUGUGCUAUUAAUAUGCAGUUUUCAAAUUGGAUGGUGUGCAUCAUCAGAUCACAAAUACAAAAUGGGGGAUGAGGUGUCAUUGUAUGCGAACAAGGUCGGCCCAUUUCAGAAUCCCAGUGAGACAUAUCGGUAUUUUGAUUUGCCAUUCUGCCCACCAGAUCAUGUGACUGAGAAGAGGGAGGCUCUUGGAGAACUAUUAAAUGGUGACCGUAUGGUUGAUGCUAAGUAUAAACUAAAAUUCAGAGUGGACAAGGACUUGGAGUCUAUUUGCAAGAAAUUACUGACCAAAGUGGAUCUGAUGAAGUUCAGAGAUGCAGUUAAGAACGAUUACUACUUUCAGAUGUACUAUGAUGAUUUGCCUGUAUGGGGUUUUAUUGGAAAGAUUGAAAAUAUAAAAGGAGAACCAAAGGAUCGUAGGUAUCUGAUUUACAGACAUUUGCAAUUUGAAAUUCUAUAUAACAAUAACAGAGUGAUAGAAAUUAAGGUGAGUACAGAUCCUGCUUACACAGUGGAUAUUACUGAUGACAAGGAAAUUGAGGUUGAGUUCACAUAUUCUGUCAAGUGGGCAAAAACUGACAUUCCAUUUGAACACCGAAUGGAUAAAUAUGCAAAAUCUUCAUUUUUACCUAAACAUUUGGAAAUCCAUUGGUUUUCUAUCAUUAAUUCAUGUGUAACUGUUCUCCUUUUGACGGGAUUUCUUGCAACAAUUCUCAUGCGAAUUCUGAAGAAUGAUUUUAUCAAAUAUUCUCGUGAUGAGGAAACAAUGGAUGACCAAGAAGAGACAGGAUGGAAGUAUAUUCAUGGAGAUGUGUUCCGAUAUCCUUCACACAAGUCUCUGUUUGCUGCUGUUCUGGGAUCUGGAACUCAGCUGCUAGCACUAGCUAUCUUCAUCUUUAUGCUUGCAUUGGUGGGAGUUUUCUAUCCAUACAACAGGGGAGCUCUGUAUACUGCCCUUGUGGUUAUAUAUGCUCUUACAUCUGGCAUUGCGGGCUAUGUUGCAGCCUCCUUCUAUGGCCAACUUGAAGGAACUAAUUGGGUAAGGAACCUGUUGCUGACAGGUUGCAUAUUUUGUGGGCCUUUGUUCUUAACCUUUUGCUUCCUGAACACGGUAGCCAUUGUGUAUACCUCUACAGCAGCAUUGCCAUUUGGGACUAUUGUUGUAAUUCUUCUUAUUUGGACGCUAAUCACUGCCCCCUUGCUUGUUUUGGGUGGCAUUGCUGGUAAGAACAGCAAAACAGAGUUCCAUGCUCCAUGCCGUACCACAAAGUAUCCCCGGGAGAUUCCUCCUUUGCCAUGGUACAGAAAGGCUGUUCCUCAGAUGGCCACAGCAGGCUUUUUGCCAUUUAGUGCCAUUUACAUUGAGCUAUAUUAUAUUUUUGCCAGUGUAUGGGGUCACAAGAUUUACACAAUAUACAGCAUUCUCUUCAUUGUCUUCAUCAUCCUUAUAAUUGUCACUGCAUUUAUUACCAUUGCAUUAACAUACUUCCAGCUUGCAGCAGAGGACCAUGAAUGGUGGUGGAGGUCUGUUCUAUGUGGAGGAUCAACUGGUUUGUUUGUCUUUGGAUAUUGCUUUUACUAUUACUUUGCACGAUCAGAUAUGACUGGAUUCAUGCAAGUGUCAUUCUUCUUUGGGUACAUGGCUUGUGUAUGUUAUGGCUUCUUCUUAAUGCUUGGAACAGUUGGUUUCCAAUCAUCUUUACUGUUUGUCCGCCAUAUCUACCGCUCAAUUAAGUGUGAAUAAUUUUCAUUUAUCAUGAGGCAUGUGCAUUUUGCUUCAUCUUCCCCUUCUCCCAUCCCCGUACAAUCUAUGGCCCUGCUGUCAAGAAAGGAGUAUAUAAGUAAGCUUCAAUGCCUGCUUAAGCUGAGGUGGUCAUUGAAUAAUUAGCAUAUCAAUACAGAAGCGGUAUUAUUAAUCUGAAACAGUUGCUCUCUGUGAUAAAUGCAUAUGGCGACAAGCCAAUAUUUUUGUACCUCAAUUAUAUGAAGUUCUAGGAUGAAUAAGCACCCAACAAGAUCAGAGGGAACUGCAAAUGUUAGCUUUCCAUCAGUGUGUACUCUAUUUCUUGCCCUAUUUUAUUGAAAUCAUCCGAUAUGUUCCUCUUGGUACCACUGGGCUGGCAAUCACAUGGCCAUGUAGCAGAUUUGUUUUGCCUCUUUGUAGCAACUGUUUUAUCUAUGUUAACUAUGGUGAUUAAUUGUGAUGCAUCUAUACCUGUCAUAGCCACAGUAUCUUUAAGGGACUUGGUGCGAUGCAUCUUCAUUACCAGAAGUUUAGAUAUUCAUGAGUAUGAGAGCCACUGGCACUAGUUUCAUAUAAAAUUUAUAUGAUAACAAGCUGCAUUCAAGGAUUUUAAAUUCAAGCUGUGUCAUGUAUUGAACAACUACAAUUUGAAUGUAGAGCUGCUACAUAGAAGCAGAAGAAAGAUUUAGUUGAUUCCAACUAUAAUUUUAAGUAGUAUAUUUAAGUUCAAUAGUUAAUUCAAA